AAAGCAAAUUACCGCCUGGCUGACAGCUGAUUGGCGCGGCACGAGGCUCAAGCGCCCAGCUCCGUCAUCGGAGGACAGGGAGGCACACGGGCAGAAGAGGUCAGCUUGCGACGUAGCAACUGGGGGCAGCGACUUUCUACGCAGACACCUCCUAGAUACAUAGCUAUCCAAGUAAGCUACCUGACCGACACUGACUAACCGGCAGCUAGUCUGAGUGCUUCGGCUCUUGUCCUUAUCGUUUCUCUCCCUUUUCUUUUUCCUUUUUUUUCUGUUACUCCGGGUGAGUCAAAAACUUUGAUUCCCACCCUAUAAAAUAAUUUAUUGCCCCUCGGGAGAAGAAGCACAAGUCAAGGAGAACAAGGCCGAAGAGACAGGCGAAAGAAGAGAAGACGAAGAGCAAGAGGCUUCAGAGAUCAGGUCAACUGGACUCGCGAUUUCUUGGAUUGCAAUAGUUGGUUCUACUGUGAUAUCUUUACCUCCGCCGCAAAGAUGUGUGGCAUAUUUGCCUGCCAUUGGUAUGACUCCCGCCCCGGUCAACUUCACCAGCUGUUUCUUUUCUUUCCUCCGCUGCUUCAGGAUGGGCAAUCGAGGCCUAUACGAUGUAUUUGAACUUUGUGCUCACUGAUAUUUGCUUGUAGUCACCCCGAUGUCAAGCAGUUCAAGCCGACUGCGUUGCGCAUGGCGAAAGCGUGAGUCAUUAUUUCGGCCUUUCUGUGCAUUUCGAGAGAGAGCAUACUUUUCCCCUGAAGGGUGGAAUGAAGAUGAUGGUAAAGGACAUAACUCGCUAAGGCAAGAUUCAAUGGAACAGUUUGCGCCAUCGAGGACCUGACUGGAGUGGAAACUUCGUUGCCAACAACACAAGUGAGUGGCAGUAAUAUAUAUAAAGGAAAAAGGGGACAUGCUAACAGCCAUUAGUUCUUGCACACGAGCGAUUGAGUAUCGUCGGAGUCGGUAUGCUGAAGUUCUUAUAUGCUAUGUAGGCAGGAGUGGUUGCUGAUGCUUAUGCUGGUAGACUCUGGAGCUCAGCCCCUGAUCAACGAUGAUGAGACAUUGGCGCUAGCAGUCAAUGGCGAGAUAUACAACCACCGAAUCAUCAGAAAGGGCCUAAAGGUACCCUACAACUUCAAGACACACUCAGACUGCGAAGUAGUCAUCCCAUUAGUAAGUUUCUCUUCGAUACAUAUACAAUAAGCGUGGGUGCUUACUAGUUGACAGUAUAUGGAACAUGGCGUUGAUGCACCCAAGUAUCUUGAUGGCAUGUUCUCCUGGGUUCUCUUCGACAAGAAAGAGAACCGCGUGGUAGCUGCCAGAGAUCCUAUCGGUAUCACAAGCUUCUACCAAGGGUGGUCUUCCAAGACCCCAGGAGCAGUCUACUUUGCUUCCGAGCUAAAAUCGCUUCAUCCUGUUUGUGACAAGAUCAUUUCCUUCCCUCCAGGCCAUGUCUAUGACUCCAAGACGGAUACAAUGACCAGAUACUUCCAGCCUAAGUGGUGGGAUCCAACCAACGUUCCCUCGGCCCCUGUGGACUACAAAAUGAUCCGUGAAGGUCUUGAGAAGGCCGUGAGGAAACGCUUGAUGGCAGAGGUCCCUUAUGGAGUGCUUCUUUCUGGCGGACUUGACUCCAGUUUGGUUGCUUCGAUCGCUCAGCGUGAGACGCUCAGGAUGCAAGCUGCGCAGAAGGAAUUGCUGCAGAACGGCGCAGCAAACGGCACCAGUCCAAAUGGGACUGACUCCGGCCUUGUUGGAAUCGAUGACACCAACGAGAUCUCCACUGUCAGCACCCUACCGCAGCUCAACUCCUUCUCCAUUGGCCUGCCCAACGCCCCCGACACCAAAGCUGCUAUUGAAGUGGCGGAGUUCCUUGGAACCAAGCACCAUGCCCUCACCUUCACCAUCGAAGACGGCCUCAACGCCCUGUCUGAUGUGAUCUACCACCUCGAGUCAUAUGAUGUAACCACCAUCCGCGCCUCGACACCGAUGUACCUUCUCAGCAGGAAGAUCAAGGGCAUGGGCGUCAAGAUGGUGCUCAGCGGAGAAGGAAGUGAUGAGAUCUUCGGCGGAUACCUGUACUUCCACGCCGCACCAGACAAGGCCGCCUUCCACACCGAAACCGUCCGCCGUGUCAAGAACUUACAUUUGGCCGAUUGCCUGCGCGCAAACAAGUCCACCUCCGCCUGGGGUGUAGAGGCUCGUGUGCCUUUCUUGGACAAGCAGUUCCUCGAAGACGCCAUGGGUAUUGACCCCGCUGAGAAGAUGAUCAACAAGGAACGGAUCGAGAAAUACAUUCUUCGCAAGGCCUUUGACACCACUGAUGAGCCUAACACGAAGCCAUAUCUUCCCGAGAAGUACCUGUGGCGUCAGAAGGAGCAGUUCAGUGACGGUGUUGGGUAUGGGUGGAUCGAUGCGCUCAAAGACAACGCCGAGCUGCAUGUCACAGACGAGAUGAUGAAGAACCCCAAGCCUGAAUGGGGAGACGACAUUCCAGAUUCCAAGGAGGCAUAUUGGUACCGCAUGAUGUUCGACGAACACUUCCCACCUUACUGUGCCUCCACAGUCAGCAGAUGGACUCCAACCUGGUCCAAACAAACUGACCCCAGCGGACGGUUCGUCUAAUUUUCUCUAUACCUUUCAGCUUCCUACCGUGUCUCCAUGCUAACAUCAUUGUCCAGGGCCAUUUCUACCCACGUCGCCAAGUACGAGCAGUAAGAAGGAGUCCUUUGACCGACUUUUUUGCUCUUCUCGUCUCCUCCUCCAGGGGGGUAUAUCCAUCCUGUCUUCCUCUUCCCCUUCGUCCUUGACUACUUCUUUCUCUUUGUAACUACUAAAUGCAAGGACUCGGACCUAGCUAGUUAAUAGACCAUCAUUCUUCUUCCUCUUCUGCCUUCUCUCCUCCCGGCCCUUUUU